AGCGAGAGAGAGAGAGAGGGAGGAUUUGCUACUUUCUCUCUGCUGAUAGAAACACAGAGCAGAAGUUGAGAGCGCGCCGCUCCGGAUCUAUUCUGUCGGUGUCUCCGUCCAAACCGCGCACGCGCUCGUUCCGCUGGUGAAUCCUGCUAUGAACCGGACGCCACAGCACGCCUGACUGACCAUUCAAAUCAGCGAUUGAAUGAUUGAAACAUUUGUCCACCUGCAGCUGGAGACGCCGGUGCGCUGAGCGCGUCUUGCGGGGUUUUGCGCUUUUACGCAUCGGCUGGAUUUGCGCGCAGGAGGGAUGGUGAAGACACCUGUCGUGGUUUUUACUUCUUUAUCGCUUCUGCUGUCGCUGUCAUGUGCUGGAGAUGUAAAAUCGCGCAGCUGCAGCGAUGUGCGCCUGGCGUUCACCACCAAAGGCUUCAGUCUCCAUAAUGUGCCACAUCAGGAGAUAUCAGGUGAGCAUCUGCGGGUCUGUGCUCAAGGAUACACCUGCUGUACUUCAGACAUAGAGGAUCAGCUCGGACAGCAGAGCAAGCUGGACUUCGAGAGGCUGGUGGACGACAGCAGCAGGAACAUACGCACAACAUUCACCUCCAGACACAAAAAGUUUGACGAGUUUUUCCUGGAGUUGCUGGACAACUCUGAGAAGUCUCUAAACGACAUGUUUGUGCGCACAUAUGGCAAACUCUACACACACAACUCGGAGAUGUUCGAGGACCUGUUCUCAGAGCUGAAGCGCUACUACACCGGUGGGAACGUCAACCUGGAGGAGGUGCUGAAUGACUUCUGGUCGCGUCUGCUGGAGAGAAUGUUCCAGCUGCUCAACUCGCAGUUCACCUUCAGCGACGACUAUCUGGAGUGCAUCAGCAAAUACACUGACCAGCUCAAGCCGUUCGGAGACGUGCCGCGAAAACUCAAGGCGCAGGUCACCAAAGCUUUCAUCGCGGCCAGAUCCUUCGUCCAGGGACUUAUGGUGGGCCGAGAAGUGGCCAACAGGGUGGCCAAGGUCAAUAUUUCUCCAGGCUGCAGUAAAGCAUUGACUAAAAUGUGGUACUGCCCGUAUUGUGGAGGAAUGUCAGGACUCAAACCCUGCGCCAACUACUGCCAGAAUGUGAUGCGCGGCUGCCUGGCCAACCAAGCGGAUCUGGACCCUGAGUGGAACCUCUUUAUUGAUGCCAUGUUGCUGGUGGCUGACAGACUGGAAGGGCCCUUUAACAUUGAGGCCGUCAUGGAGCCCAUCGAUGUCAAGAUCUCUGAAGCCAUCAUGACCAUGCAGGACAACAGCAUGCAGGUUUCAUCCAAGGUGUUUCAAGGAUGUGGUCAUCCCAAAGCAGCCAGUGUAGGCCGAUCUGCCCGCGGGAUCUCGGAUGUGUUCAACAGCCGCUUCAAACCCUUCAACAGCCCAGAAGAACGACCCACCACGGCAGCGGGCACCAGCCUGGACAGACUGGUGGUCGACAUUAAGGAGAAGCUGAAGGAGUCAAGGAGGUUCUGGUCGUCUCUGCCUGACAGCAUCUGUGCGGAGGACGAGAUGACUGACCCAGAUGAGGAGCAGUGCUGGAACAGUCAUACCAGGGGAAGAUAUUUCCCAGAAGUGGUAAAAGACGGUCUUACAAACCAGCUGAAUAACCCAGAGGUGGAGGUGGACAUCACAAGACCAGACACUUUCAUCCGACAGCAGAUCAUGACCCUCAGAGUGAUGACCAACAAGCUGAGAAACGCAUACAACGGCAAAGACGUCUACUUUCAAGACUCCAGUGAUGAGGAGAGCGGUUCUGGCAGUGGCAGUGGCUUCACCACAGAACCUGAAGUGGUUCACACAGAACCGCCGAUGCUGGAAGCCGACAAAAGUGACCCACAGCCGCCGACAGACGCUGGAUCUGUGCAGCAGAAACCUUCCGUGACUGUACUGAGCAUCCCUGCACUGCUGCUGCUGCUGCUGCUCUGCUGGAGAUAAUGGCAGAUCCUCAGUGGCUCACGGCCACAUGGACACACACAGACGAUGUUAGCCUUUCCGCAACCGGACUGAACCUUUUACACAAAAAAAAGAUGAAGAAAAGCCCAUAAAAAAAAGAGGAGAGCAAGAAGGUGUGAGCGCAAACAUUUGCAUCCUGCUUGUUCCAAAGAAUGCUUGGUGCAAUCGCUAAUCUUGGCCAAUCGCUCUCAUUUAUAAAUCUUUUUUUGGGGGGGAUGAAACGUGGCUUCCGUGUGAGUGGGACCACCUUCGGGCAAAAAAAAAAAAAAAAAAACAGUAGGGGAAAAAUAUGAAAAUAUAUUUUUGUUUUCCUUUUAUACUGAGACUACAGAACACGCUCUGGUGGUUUUCUUUGUGUUUUUUCUUACGUUUCGCCCCCUCCUGAAUUCAUCGUACGAUACAGUAAAAAAAAAAAAAAAA